UUUGCUUCAUUGGUUUAGUUAUAAUAAUUACUAAUAGCCAUGGCUGAUGAAUUCAAGCAUUUGGUGUUGGUUAAGUUCAAGGAAGAUGUGGUAGUCGAGGACAUUCUAAAACAGUUGGAAAAGCUUGCUCAUGAAAUUGAUGUUGUCAAGUCUUUCGUUUGGGGAAAAGAUGGUGAAAGCCAUGAGAUGCUUACACAAGGUUUCACUCAUGCUAUGAUAAUGACAUUCAAUAGCAAAGAGGACUAUAAUACUUUUGCUAGUCACCCAAAUCAUGUUGAAUUUUCAGCCACUUUCGCCACUGUGAUUGAAAAGGCUGUGCUGCUGGAUUUCCCUGCUAUCUCUGUCAAAGCUCCUGCUAAAUGACCAUAUGAUCAAUGGCACAAAAAGAAAAAGAAAAAAAGAACUAAGUAUUAUGUGUGUGUCUAUGUUUUAAUAUGGUUUGAUUUGUUUAGGAAGUAUUUUUGUUUUGUUUGAGGUUCAAGCGUGUGUUUAUGUGAACAUUUCUAUUAUCUUUGCUUCCAAAAUUGUGGAUGGUCAUGUAAUGUAACACUGAUGUAUCUUUGUAAUAAAGGCUUAAUACAUACUUCCUCCAUAA